AUGAUGCGACCCAGGGACCCUCGCAUUCGCCAAACGCUCAACCAGAUCUCCUCCAACCUUGAAAGCGUAAAUGAGACGGCACAGGAAGGCAUCUACGCCUUUUCGCAGAAUUACAUCUCGCCAUGCUUUGCGACUAUCGGGAACUGCGUUCACACAUGCACAGCGCCAUGUCUCCCUAGUCGCGAAGACCAGAUCCGGCGUCGACGACGGGGCCGGGCGGAGGCCAAUUUCGAUUUCUAUGAUGACUGGGAUAAUGAUAUUGCCAAUGAUAGCCUGUUAGGCUGGGGAUCUGAUGAGCUUGAUCGUUUGCUAGCUGGGAGUGGUCUUGCACGCGGGACUGCGGACCAACCACGCCGGCAGCGAAAGAUGAGUUAUGGGACGCGCGGUACCAGGAGAAAGAGCAGUGUGCUUGUACCUGAGAACAGAAACGAUCCGACGGUAAUACCUAGCUCUUCAUUUUUGGGCUUUUUGGAACGUUUCCCUUGGAGAUUGGGAGCGCGGGGGCAGAAGUAUCGUCCAUCGGCUGCAGAUCUACAGGAGCAUCCUGGAGGACGUCGUUUUGACCGUGAAGAAGAGCCAUUACUUGAGACUGGUGAUAGAUCUGAGGAUCCUGAUUCUUAUGGUAACAACGGCAGAGAUCGAAGCGCAACCCAGUCAUCGCGAGAGACUGCCAACUCUCUAAGUUCACGGGGUGAUUUGAUUAUGAGUGACGAAGAAGAAGAUGCGGUGCCAUUAGAUGACGAAUUUGCCUUGGCGCUGGGCCGUCGCGGCACAGGAUUGGACUCCGAUGACCAGUCUGGAAGAAAAUCUUUGAUGAGAAGGUCCACUUCGGGGACCAUCAGUUCUACAACAGAUGCUUCUCUGAAUGAAUUACGAAUGAAGAAGAAGCGAGGUAGUCGCAUUCUGUCGCCUCGAGUCAUUGCUGUCGGUGCGCAGACCCUCGAUGCCCAGUCAUUGGAUGACUUGAAGAGAGAGGAAGAGCAGGCUGAGCUCAAAGAGGAACAAGAGAUUAUUAAGAAACGGUUUGCUGCGCAAAGGUUGGCUUCAAAUCGUGGUCUUGAUCAGGACAAGUCAGCGUCUCGUCCUUCUCUGUCUGCACGCUCUACGACCGUUUCGUCAGACGCGCAACAUGCAAACGCCGUUUACUCGCCGCGGGGAUCAGUUAGUGACAGAAAAUUGCCCGAUGAUCUUGACAAUUCGCAAACCGAACCUUUUCCAUCUCUACCCCAGACUCCUGUAUCAUCAACAGGUCAUGAAUCUUGGCCCGAUAUGAAGGCGUCAGAGGACAAUCCAGGGUCUCCUAAUCCGGGUUCUGAUAGAGCAACCGACGGCUGA